UGCAAAUGCUCAGUGAAAUGACAAUAAAGUGAAUCUUGAAACUUUGCUGUAUUAUAAUAUAUAUAAUUCAACAUACAGGAGGUGCACCAAUGCCUAUAAUUAACCCUUUAAAAGACAGAGUAAACCCUGGCUGCCUCCUGUGCUGCAGAGCUCUGGCCAAUCACAGCAGAGCAGACUUUACAGCUCUGCUGGGUGAGAGUCGUUUCUCAGAUCUCUGUUGGAGUUGGAGUUGGAGUGAAGUGGCCCAUGCAGGAGGUCAGAAAGAAGACACUUCUUCAGGAGAUAGGAGACACAAUAUAGCAUUUUCUGUUCACUUUUUAGAUCUUUUUGAAAUUUGAGACAUUUCCCUUCAAAGUGCAUCGUGGGACAGAAUGACUGCCACCAUGGAGAAGUCUAAAAACUUUCGCAUUGAUGCUCUUCUGGCUCUCGACGUGGCGCAGAGGACGCACAGUGACAGUGACGGCUUGUAUUACAGCAGCAGUCCUGGAGGCUCAGAGACUUCCUCCCUGCACCAGAACCAGACUCACUUCUCUGCAGGAGUCCUGUCCAAGUCCCAGCUCUUCAGCUUGUCCCUGCAGUCAGGACUCGCUGCUCUGCACCAGGGAGGUCUCCUCGGGAUGCCCCCGGGCUCCAUGUACCCUCUGGCGGCCCUGGGAGGCCAGCAGCCCGCCUUCAUGUACCCGGGCUUCACCCAGCUGCUGCAGCCCGGGUACCCGGAGCAGCUGAAGGGGGCCAUGGGAGCGGGGCUGCCGCUGGAGCCCUGGAUCAGAGCCGGCAUGAUGAUACCCAGACUGGGGGAGUAUGGAGCACCGAUCCAGGCAGGGAUGUUGGGGAAGUGUCGGAGGCCCAGGACGGCCUUCACCAGUCAGCAGCUACUGGAAUUAGAAAACCAGUUCAAGCUCAACAAGUACCUGUCCAGGCCUAAACGCUUUGAGGUGUCCACUUCACUCAUGCUGACGGAGACUCAGGUUAAGAUCUGGUUCCAGAACAGACGUAUGAAGUGGAAGAGAAGUCGCAAAGUCAAGGAACAAGCGAAGACACUGACCGACAAAGACAGAGCUGGACCGGAUAUUCACAGUGCCAAGCCUCAGAGUGAUUCACACAGCUCGGGCCUGGAGGACGAAGAGGAGAUAGAAGGGGAUGAAGAGGAUGAAAAAGAGGAGAUGGAAGCGCUGACAGUGGACUCUUUAGACUCUGUAGGCUUCAGGAGGCAUGCUGGAGGAGGAGGAGGAGGAGGAGGAACAACAACAGGGAACUACAGCUCUUACUCAGAGGAGGAGCUGGAGGAGGGAGGCCCAAGAACAAAAAGUGGGGUUUUCCCAUAGUGAUAAAGUUCAGCAUGCUUUUAUUGUACGUCCUUUUUAUGUUUAUCACUUGUGAGAAGACAAUGCACAAUCAGGUGCACAAACAUGGUGGCAUGAAGAGGAUCGUUCACUUUUCACAGCCCAACCCAUAGAGCCAUAUCUGUACCUGGAGCUCCCAAAUUAGCAAAAGGGUAUGUCAACAUCUGCACAUUGGACUGGAUAAGAAAACUGAUGACAUCAAAGAAUAAUAAUACCAGAUUAAUGUACUUGGACAUUUAAUGGUUAAUGGUCAGUAGUAGGGAUGCACCGAUCCAACUUUUUCCAGCCCCAAUACCGAUAGUGAUACCUGGGCUUUGGGUAUCUGUGAGGAAGUGAAUAAAAAUUCCAGUACUUAAUGUAUAUGGUUUAUAAAUAUAGAACUUAUUGAAUAGAUCGGCCCCAUCGUCACAGGUAUCCGUUAUCGGAUUUGAUGCAUCCUUGGUCAGUAAUCCAUCUGAGUUAUGACUUCAGAAUCAACAAAUAAUUCUCUCUUAUAAUGGGCAUUUUUGUGCAUGAUUUCCUUGUGAUUUAAACGGCCUAUAUGUUCCUGCCCUGUCAUCUGCAAUGAACUAAUAUACUGCAUCUUUGAAUGUACAUAAACUGUGUGAAUGGGGGUGAUGAUAGCACUUUCAUGGUGGAUGAAGAGACCGAGAAGUUAACUUGGAGACUCGUUUUGUAAAGAGCGUCAGUGUUACAUCGUUAUCAGUGCAUCCUGGUCUGUUACAAAUGCUGGUCAGAUAUUCCACCAAUAUUUGAAUCUUUGUAUUUUUAACAACAAAUAAUGGAUUCAUAUU